AACCACCGCCUCCGAUCCUCCCUGGCCGCACAGCUCCAGCUCUCCACCUCAAUCUCUGCGCUAUAAAAUUAUAAUCUUUGGUACUUUUUACCAUGGGCGCGUGCAACUCGUGCGAGGCGACGGCGGUGGCGGCGGUGACGGGGGACGCGACGGUCGGCGAGGCGACGGCGGCGAGGGUGGUGCUCGCGGAUGGUGAGCUGCAGCGGUUCCCUGGGGGCACCCGGGCGUCGCACGCGCUCAAGGCUGCGGCCGCCGCCGCAGGCUGUGGCGCCGGAGGCGCGUGCUUUCUGUGCAGCGCGGACGGCCUCGAGCUCGGCGGCGCGGUGGCGGCGGUGGCGCACGACGAUGAGCUGCAGCCCGGGCAGCUCUACUUCGUGCUCCCCGCGGCGAUGCGGCGGCGGCUGCUGCAGGCGGAGGAGAUGGCCGCUCUCGCCAUCCGCGCCAGCGCCGCGCUGGUGGGCGACCACGACGGCCCGCUCGUGUUCCCCGACUCAGCCGCUGCUGGAGGCGCCACGGCGAGGAAGGGGUCCCGCCGGCGGUCGCGGAGGACCUCCAGCCUGGGCCGGGACUUCGUGCCGGACCUCGGCGCCAUUACCGAGUAGC